AAGUGCCCCAGUGACAAAUGAACCUCCUGGCAGCCAGUGCUCCCCCAGCCCUGCGCUAAGAGGGGGCUGCUCUCCUGAGGCAAGAGCAGGUGGCGGUCGGGGGACCUCGAGCGGGUAGCCGCUGUCCCUGUUAUCGCCAGGACCGGCUGAGUCAAAUAUCUUUUCGCCCCGGGCUGUUUAUGGGGUUUGGCCCUUUUGGGGAACACACUGUGAAUGCCAGCUGGAUUGCAGUGCAGGAGCUGGAGAAGCUAGGGCUUGGCGACAGCGUGGACCUACAUGUGUAUGAGAUUCCAGUCGAGUACAAGACGGUCCAGAGGCUCAUCCCUGCCCUGUGGGAGAAGCACAGCCCACAGCUCGUGGUGCAUGUGGGGGUGUCGGGCAUGGCGACCGCGGUCACACUGGAGAAGUGCGGGCAUAACAAGGGCUACAAAGGCCUGGACAACUGCCGCUUCUGCCCCGGCUCCCAGUGCUGCGUGGAGGACGGGCCCGAAAGCAUUGACUCCAUCAUCGACAUGGAUGCUGUGUGUAAGAGGGUCACCACGCUGGGCCUGGAUGUGUCAGUGACCAUCUCCCAAGAUGCCGGCAGGUACCUCUGCGAUUUCACCUACUACACCUCUCUGUACCAGAGUCAUGGCCGCUCAGCCUUUGUUCAUGUGCCCCCGCUGGGCAAGCCGUACAACGCAGACCAGCUGGGCAGGGCGCUGCGGGCCAUCAUCGAGGAGAUGCUGGACGUCCUGGAGCAGUCAGAAGGCAAAAUCAACUGUCGCCACAAACACUGAGAGCCUCUUAGGCCUCCCAAGACCUCGUCCCACUAGGGACCCUGGGAGGGACAUCUGCCUUCUGGGGCCCGGCCAAGGAGGAUACGCCUGACAGCUGGGGAUCUGAUUUGGAUCAAUAUUUCCGACUUACACACCUCUUCCUUUUUCUCUGCAAAAGGGCUGGUCGAUUUGCCAAGGGGUGGCUGAAGAUUUGUCCUCUAUUGCCCUUUGCUUUAGGGGACACUGCCACAAUGGCUGGGAAGCCCGUGGGUCCCCAUCUCCACGGGGAAUCCUGGCCGAGUGGAUCUCUGCUCUUUGAUCCCGCAGCUGGGGCCCCCUGUUCACCUGCCUGUCUAAGUCUCUGCUGAAGGGAUUCCGGUGUUCCCGCCCCGUCCAUGACUGGUUUUUCCCAAACUUAAAAACUCCUUGAAAUGUCUUUGCCCUGAUUCAUGUCCCAACAGCCUGGACAGCCCUGGAAAGGGCUGCCUUGGGAUAUGGCAGGGUUGUUUUUUUUUUUCCCCCUCUCUCUCUC